UGAUCACUCCGAGAGCCCGUUCGUGCCGCCAGCGGGCCCACUCCAUAAGCCGACGGUCGUCCUCCGGCCGAUCGAGGUACGCGCGCAGGACGGGGCCUAGGCUGAUCGCAUCCCGAAUGCCCAAACUCAUGCCCUGUCCGCCGACGGGGCUGUGGAUGUGCGCGGCAUCGCCGACCAGGAGGACGACCCCGCCGCCUGGGAGCCGCGCAAACGCACGGUCGGCUAUGGCCGAGCGUGUCUUGUAGCGUGAGGACCAGUGCACGGCGUCGAUGCGCGCGGUGCGCAGUGGCUCCGGGGCCAUCCGGUCCAUCGCCUUCUGCAGAUAAUCCAUGCCCGGCGCAUGGGGCACCGCGCCCAUGGUCUGAGGGACACC